GUCAUUGCCUCCAUUCUCUUGCAGGUCCGUGCGGGUGCGUCGCCGAAGGCCUUAGAUCUGGCGCAGAUGAUGCUGCAGAAGGCUCCGGUGGAUGUGGCCGCGUUCUCGAAGGGCAAAGUUCCUUUCAACCGAGGAGGCAAGCUCUCUGUCUACCAGGAGAGCGCUGUGCUGGGGGCGCUAAGGAAUUGCGCUGGUGCACUUAGUGACCUGGUCGAAGUAGGUGGGGGAGGACCGUUCGGGGCUGGUGGCCCUGGCGCAGUUGCUGCUCCGGCAGAGGAGAUCGGUAGGUCACCCGUGGUGGAAGAACCCAAUAAGGUAGAAGAGCCAGAGAAGAAAGAGAAAAAGGAGGAAGCUAGCAAGAAGGACAAAUCCAAGGAGGCCAAGAAGGCCAAGGCCGCAAAGAAAGAAAAGAGAAGGUCAAGUAAGAAGGCUAGGAUUGAAAAAGAGAGGAGCCGAAGCAAAUCAAAAGGAAAGAGAAGCCCUGAGAGCGGGGAAAGGAAGAGGACGGAUCGGGGGACAGCCCUGGAGUCAACUAGUAGCAGGAUUGGACAUCGAAAAGACAGGGACGACGAACCUUUGCGACGAGAAAGCUCAAGGAGAAGAGAGGAUAGAAGAGAGGAACAAGAAGAUAAGGACAAGGAAGUCCGAAGACAUCCAGAGCGAUUUGGCUUGGAGCACCUCCCCAUUAGAGGUUCAGCAGGCAGGCACCUCAGUGGACCGCCCAUCCCUGCAGGACACCGUCGUCCGCCAGAGCCAGCCGGUUCGCCACCCAGUCGAGGAGGAGCGACAGAAGAGAGACAGAACUCCGAUCAGAGAGGGAGAGAUUACGGGGAACACAGCCCUGAGCAGAGGAAGCCCCCUAGGAUGAAGGCCAAAGCACAAGCAAAAGGAGGAGCCAGGGGCCCGGGUCGGGGAGUUGCAGCCCUUCGACGCCCAGCAGGGGCCGAUACCCGAGGAGAAGGCAGAGGAGAUCACCUAGCAUCUUGGGAGGCUGGACACACUCUGAGAGGAGCAGAGUUGACAGUCGACUGGGCCUUGAAAGCACAGCACCUGGUCGUGGAGGAGGCACAGUACUUCCACAAGGCCUGCAAAGUGUCUGGAGAGGUCCUCGGAGCGGGCCUGAGCGGAGCGCAGGUGUGCUUGUGUCUUCGCCCCACAGGCACGACCGACGAGGCCAUUCUGAAGUUGCAGUCCGGGACCCCGCAUCUCGAGCUUCGGGUGAUCCUAUGCCCGAGCGACUGCAACCACGAAGAAGCGGCGGAGGACCUCGUCCACGGAGCUCGCAUCCGCAAACGAAAAGGCCCCGGUCAGGAAGAGCCAUGGGUAGACAACCUUCUCAAAGUUGCCCCACCCGAAGGCGAGGACGAGCUGGCCAGGCUUCGCGGUCACCUAGCCAGAGACGGGGAAACUCCCUUGAGGAAGGAACCAGGAGAGGCAGAGGCAGUAAAAGUGAAAAAGAAAAAGAAAGAGAAAGCCAAAGAGAAGAAGACAAAAAAGGAAAAGGAGAAGAGCAGGACAAAGAAGAGAGGUUCAAGCAGUCAGGCAUCGACUUCGGGGGAGGUAGCCCUGGAUGGCAGUCGGGCUCGACUGGCUGCUCAGAAGCCCGUCAGGAGCCUCUUUGGAGGCAUGGGAAUGGACCCGUCAGAGAAGGUCCGAAACAAGGUCAUCAAGCUGGCCAAGAAAUACGUCAGAAAGAAAGGGAAGAGGAGCAGUUCAGGCUCGGGGUCUUCGAGCGAGAGCUCCAGGAUGGCCCUGCUGGAGGACGAAGGCGACACAGUUUUCCAGCAGGCUGCACGGGUUCGGGGCAUAGCAGACUCCUAUCCAGGGGUCCUGUCUUUCCAGGCCCUGUCGCAGAUGCGAUCGAACUUGAUGCAGGGUCUGGGAGAGGAAGACCACACCUCCUCGACCAGGCCCGUUGCGGUACAAUACUACCGCCAGGUCCUCCAGAAGAAGUGCUCCGGAGGGGUCGCCCGAGAGCUCCUGAGCCUGUGUGCCACCGCAGAUUUCCUGGUGAAGGGAAGGGUCACUCAGGCCCUGGACCUCGUUUUCCAGAGGAUAAAGAGUGCCGAAUCAACCCUAAACGGCACCCACUGGACGGUGAGCCAAAAGCUGGAGCUACUCCCGGCCGAGCAGGCCACGUUGACGGGAGUCCCCGAAAUGAAAGAGGCGCAGAAGAUAGCCUUCGAAGAAUCGAAGACGCGAUGGAUGGCAUCGCUCCCGGAGGGGCGACCCUCGAACGGCCCGAAGGGAAGCGGCAAAGGAAAGCAGUCAGGGAAGGAGGAUUUCAGGAAGGGAAGCGACGCAAGGAAAGGAGGGAAAGCGCAAGGCCAGAAAGGAGAUUGGAAGAAAAAAGACGAAGGAGGAGGAGCGAAGGCCGAAGAGCCUUCGGGGGUUGAGAGCCCUGAAAAGGCCAGUUUGGAGGGCACUCGAACUGAGGAUGUUCCAUAUGAGGGAAGGACGGCAUUGGCUUCCCAGGCGCUGGUAAAGCAGCAGCCCUCCAGCCAGAGCGAUGUGGCCUAUGAGAAUGAGUAUAACGCUCUGGCGCAAUCAGUGCAUGUGGCCGCCCCGCCUUUUGAAAGAACCUCAGAGCCAAUGAGCUCUGACCAAGGUUCAGCCGUGGCCGGAGAUAGUUCGGAUGUCGGCAGCCGUGGGGUGAAAAAAUGCAUGGGACAGUCGGACUGGGAGGGUCUGAGGCUGGAGUCGUGUGGACCCCUGCUUUUGUUUAAGCUCUUAGAGGUCUUACCACUCUGCAGCCAGGACACGGGUAAGCGGGAUAAGGCGUUUAUUUUCCCCUUGCCUACCUCUAGGAGUUUUUUGCUUGAUUUUGACCCGUCGUUGAAUGAGAUGGAGCUAUCAUGGCUAUUGUGUGUCGUUUUGUGUCUCAAUUCUUUUUGGGGUGAUGGUCUUUAUUGUGAAGAAGAUGUGAACGAAGGGCAAAGAGCCUGCCUGUCGGGACUUGUCAAAGAGGUGCACAGGUUUUCAAACGUGAAUGCGGUGAUCCCAGAGAUGAGCUGGCAUGACUUGUUUGCUGUGCGAUCUAUUGACUAUAAAGGUGAUGAAGUUAGAGUGGCAAAGACGUUUUCAUGGCAUAAUGUGGCCCCUGCUUUGCCCAAUGACGUGGGUAAUGUCCCAUUGGAGGCAGUCUGUGAGUUGGGGUGCAGGGACUAUGUCCUAAACUUUGACCACUAUCUUAGGCCUAAGUCAGAGUGGGUGAUUUCUGCCGCCCCGAAAGUGAUGGUGAAGGACAUUGACUGGCCUGAGGUAUGUAAAGGUCUUGUGGAAAGCCGGGUAUGCGAGUUUAUCAUGGAGGAAGAGGUGUUUCAUACUGCUUCCGGUCCCUUGUUAAACGGGCUCUUUGGGGUAUCAAAGGAUGAGUCUACUGCUAGCGGAGUUGAGAUCUAUCGUUUGAUCAUGAAUCUCAUCCCUUUGAACCACCUGUGCAAGCCCCUUGCGGGGGACGUGGACUCCCUUCCGGCCUGGAGUACCAUGAAUCCCUUCUUUCUGCAGCCGGAUGAGAAGCUGCUUAUCAGUAGUGAGGACGUCAAAUGUUUUUUCUACACAAUGAGCGUUCCUCGAUGCUGGAUCAAGUUUCUCGCUUUCAACAAGUUAGUCCCUCUAUCAGCGUUGCCUCCUCAUUUGAAGGGCCGCAGGGUGUACUUGGCCAGCCGGGUAUUGCCCAUGGGAUUCUUGAACAGUGUCAGCCUGGCACAGCACGUUCAUAGAAACCUGGUCAAGUGGAGUUCCUCGCCGAGGUCCUCAGCGGGUGACGGGGUCAAUGUCCCUGAGGCAGAGCUGCGCCGUGAUCGGGGUUUUUCCCUGCAUAACCCUAACUGGAGGGUCUAUCUCGACAAUUACGAUCUGUUGGAGAAGGUCCAGAGGUAUGCCGCCAAUGAUCUCGAGGGUACCUGUGCAGCAAGCAUCCUGUCGUUGAGGCAGGAGUAUGAAAGAUGGGGUGUCCCUAGAAACCUCAAGAAGUCGGUUCAGCGAUCUGCAGUCUGCGAACUCCAAGGUGCAACGGUGGACGGUGAACUCGGGGUUGCGUACCCUAGAGAAUCCAAGCUGGCUAAGUAUUUUGGAUUGGCAGUCACUCUCUGCCAGCAGACACAAGCUACGCAGAAACAGUGGCAGAUAGUUUGCGGUGGACUGGUGUACUUCAGUAUGUUCCGAAGGCCACUUUUGGGUUGCCUCAAUCAAGUGUGGCAACAUAUCUUGGCCUAUGACAGGCUGAAGCGCCGGUAUUUGGACACGCCACCCGAAUGUCGGUUGGAGGUUUUGCGCUUCCUGGGCAUGCUCCCACUUGCGCUGUAUUGGCUGAGUUGGGAGCUUUCGGCUUCAGACGAGGUGGCAGUGGAUGACAGCGGCCCAGUGACGCAGGUAACUCUGGUGGGCCAGCAGCACCUGACGGAAGUUAUUCGGUCUGGUUGGAAUAAGGUGGAUGUGUCACGUCCUUUCCCUACUUUCACUACUAGUCACCCGCGCCCAAGAGCGGGAAGGAAGCCCGCAGGUGUCCAGCACUGCAGCUUGUCAGAGCUGGAAAGAUGGCACAUGGACUCUUUUCGGUUUCCGCCAUACCAGUACAAAGAUGGAAACUCCCUGUGCAACGGAGCCGGGGUCUAUCGGGUCCCUGACGUCUCUGAAAGGGAAUUGAUGCCUGGUUUUCCCCUUCACUACGCUGCGUCCUGUCUGCCAAAGUCUGAGCGGCGGAAGACCGAGUACAACGAUACCCGGCUCACUUUGUUGGGUAACAGUUGGUCCGUGCCAGUGGUCGCCACUUUGUUGAGUCAGCUGUUUGCGUGGCUGGGUUGGAUCCAUGCCAUGAGUCCACAGCAGGUGCUUGACGCUUGCCGGUCCGGAGAACAUCAAUUUGUGCAGGGGCGUCUUUGCCGUCUCCCUUUGAAUCCCUCAAGAAGCCGCAGUGACAUGGAUCCUUACCAGCUGGCGUUCAAGCUGGGGAACCUCGUGUCGAUCAAAGGUGAAGAUAUCCUCCUCUCUACCCCCACAUCUCAGAUGGUGAAAUUCCACCGUCUCCGAGCAAGUGUUCCGUCACGCCUUUGGCGGUGGCGCGUCAUCACCGGAUGGAAGUGGGUUCAUGCUAAGGAGCACAUCAACAGCCUCGAGCUCCGUGCGGUGCUUACGGCACUGAAAUGGAGAGUGGGUAAGCAAAGGCAAAUAGGUUGCAGAAUGGUCCAUUUGACUGACAGCCUGGUGUGUCUGCACACGCUGUCACGUGGCCGCAGUAGUUCCAGAAAGCUUCGUCGGACGAUGGCCAGAGUCAAUGCCUUGGUCUUGGCUGGCAAUGUCCAGGUGGUGUGGGCAUAUGUCCACACGGAUGAUAACCCGGCUGAUGCCCCUUCGCGUUGGGCACAGCGGGUAAAGACCAAGUUUAGGAAUGCCUCGAAAACGCGUGCUUGUCAGGUCUAUUUGUUUUUUCUGCACUUGGGCGCCUUGCAGUUGCAGCAGAAGCAGGCAGAAGCACUGAAGCUCUUGGAGGACUGCAAGCCGCUCUUGAAGCUGCCCUCGGAUGUCUCGGCACUGCGCGUGCAUUUGCUCUGGGAGGCAGGUCGUCAGAAAGAAGCCGUCAAGGAGGCCCGCGAGCAGCUGGUGGCGAGCCCUGGCAGCUGGGCGCAAGCGCAGGAUUUGGCGCGGAUGGUUUCGCAGCUCCCAGGGGAGGCCUCCUGUACACAGUUUGAGGUGCCCACAGUCACAACGCUUGAAGACGUGGAGACGCACCGUACAGAGGACGAGGUACGAAAUGCCCUGCUGCUGUUCCGCUACUGGCAACAGGUGCAGGAGCACAGCACGGCCACUGGGGGUGGCAGCGGCGUGAACCGCGUGGCAGUCCUGGGAGAGCUGGAACUGCGGAGGCAAGGGUUGUUUCAUGGCGUUGUCUGUGCUGGCAUCAGCUGCCAGCCCCAUUCGGUGUUGGGGGACCGUCGUGGCAUGUUGGCUGCGGUGUUGAUCCUUGAGUGCACUCCUGAGAUCUUACGAGAUGCCAAUGCCCAGGAGAUCAUCCGGCAGUUUGCCAUUGACACUGGCUUUCGGGUCUCCCAGACUAUCAUGAAGCUGGGGAAUGUUUGGUGCACCAGGAGAGACCGGUGGAUUGCUGUGUUGACUGCCCCUAUUGUUCAGCCUUGUGAGUUGUUGGACUUACCUGCAGUUACUCAGAUCAAGGUUGUGGAAGACUUGAUUCCUGAGUUUCGGUUGUGGCAUCAGUUUGACCAGGCUCAGCUUGUUCUCAACUUGUAUGAGCUGUCCAAGUACUAUCAGUAUGCGGCUGGUGGCAUGGAAUCUGUUUGGUUGAAACCCCAUGAGAAAUUGCCGAUGGAACAUGCGAGAUACCUACAUCCCCUUGAAAUGUGGGCCUUGAUGGGCGGUUUACCCAAUAUCUCCAUGGGCCACAACUUGCGAUUGGCAAUGGCAGGGGUUGGACAGGCAGUAGCUCCGAUCAUGGGGCUCUGGAUUUUUGCCCAGGUGAAGCGUUGCUUGGACUUGACACUUGAAGUUGCGACCCCUUGUGUUCCUUUGCAGGUUCUGCAGCCUUAUUUGGAUGAAGUUGUCUUGACUUGUCGUCAAUUGUGGCCUCCCCCCAUUGCUCCUACGGUGCUUGAAGCCGCGUCUGUUGAUGACCCUAUCGAAGAUGCAGUUCCUGAUCGGUCCACAUGUGUUCUGUCUUGGCCUUGCUCAGGUGAACCGGAGGUUGAAAUUCGGCUGUCUCCUGGUACGACGGGUCUUGGUUUGUUGCAAGCCCAAGAAAAGCUUGGGGCCAGUGUCCCUGGUUGUCGUUUGCGUGUUGAUGGACUUGACUUUGAUCCGGCACUUCCCAUUCCGGCGGGAUCCCUUGUGUCCCUUGUCCCUGCUGAUUGGAGUGAAGAUCAACUGCGUGCUGAUCCAGGUAUCCCUUGUUGUUUGGAUUGUCAUGGUGUUCUUGAACAUGCACUUCCAGAAGGAGCCUCAAAACCGGUUGCCAUUGUCAAGACAACCGAGCACCUUGCUGAGCUGAGGUUUCCUGACAUGCAUCGAUUGGCCAGGCAAGAUCUGCUGGGCAUGCAAGGACCAGUUUGGAGUGAUGACGAAAUCAUGCAUGGACUUCUCCAAAUUGCCAUCUUGACUGAAUCGGAUCAACAGGUUCAUGUGUGGGACCCUUUGCUUGUUUCGGGCCUUGUCCAAGAGCAUACAGCAGAGACUUGGAAGGAGCUUGUCUUGGCACUUGGACCGGUCUCUACUGUUAUCUCUGCGGUGCUGUUGGGGCAUCACUGGGUUCCUUUGGUGUGGCGUAUUGACAUGGUUGGGGUGGUGCUUCAUUCUCUGUCUGUCACUGCGGCUUUUGAGUCACAAAUGGAAUCUCUCAGCCAAGCCAUUGGACUUUAUCGGGGGGGAGCCAUGGGGGUCUGGAAAGCUCAUUCCACGGGUUUUGUUCCUGCGGGUCAUUGUGGUGCUAUGGUGUUGAGCUUUGUCCGGCACCUGUUGUGGGGGCAUUCCAUGGUUUCUGACCAAGUUGAGUUGGAGCAAUUUGCAUCUCGUGUUCGUUUUGAGUUUGCUGAUGGAUUGCCUGAACCAUGCCAACGUCCCAGGCUUGCUGGGCUUGGAGUUUCCGUGCACACCAGGUUGGCAGAGCUGUUGGCUCAACAUGGCGUCCCUGAAGCCGAGGCAGGAUCACGGGCUACUGCAGUCCUGAAAGCACUUGGUGAAGAAGGAGUCCAACGUGCAUUGGAUGCCCCCAAUCCUUGGCGUGACUUGAAAUGGUUAGGCAAUCAGCUCAGACCUCCUUACAUGCUGAUUAAGCCUGCUGAGCUUCAGAUGCAAGUCCAGAAACGUCGACAUGAUCAGCCAGUUGGGCAUAAGAAGCACAAAUCGACCAAAGGAAAAGGCAAAGGUCACCAAGGUGGUUCCAGUGUUGACCCUGCCCUUUUGCGACUUGAGCAUGGAAUUUUCCAGAGUGAUAGCGGUCAGGGUUUGAGCCAGUUGCCGCUGCCACAAGUUGGUCCAUCAGCUGCAGGUGUUGCUGUGGUUUCAUCAAGCUGCAUUGAACCCUACCUUAAGGCACUGAACCCGAUCUCUGCCGGGCCCUUGGCGUUCUUUGUUGUGGAUUCGGAUGGACUUUUCAAUACGUCUUUUCCUGUCUCUCCUGAGAGGGUUCCACUGGUUUGUGCUGCCAAUUCAGAGCCGUUGUUGGUCGAUGGAUUUCUUGUGCAACUUGGUGCGGUUCGUGUGCAGCGUGCCCCUGCUCAGUUGUUGCUCAUCCUCUCCAACACAUCUUUGACAGGAUUCCUCCGAUGCAAUCAUGCACUGACUCUGAAUGCACUGGAUGUGAGACCGAUGCGGCGCAGCUGCUUCUCCAGCGGCAGACCAUCCAACAUGUUGUCGGCAUGGCUCGGUUGGGUCACAAAGUUGGUCUUAGGAAGACGACAAACCUUUUUGGUGGGCCCUUUUCCUUUCGGCACACUGCAAGCAUCCGUGGCUCAGGCCUUGUUGAGUGCAGGAUGGACAGCCAAACCCAUCCAAGCUGUGCCUGCCAAGUCUCAUGUCCAAGGUCUGUUGUUUCGUGUCCAGUCGGUUCAGGACCCACCCUUGAAAGUUUUGCGUAUGGUCCAUGGAGAUGUCAUGAUUGCCAAGGAGGAUGAUGCUAGCCAGCCAUCCCGUUCAGAGCCGAAAGUUGUUGCCACUUUGGCCACUGAAUCAUUUGUCUCCAAGGCAUGUGAGGUUGACAUGAUUCAAAAGAAUGACCCAUGGGCCAAGGCAGCUAGCAAGCUCCAGUCCAGACCUCAAAGCUUUCAAAUUGGCAAUCCCCUGGAAGAUAUGACCCAAAAGGUUGUUGCUGAAGUUUUGGCGCAGCUCCCGAAAUCCAGCAUGGAGGUGGAUGAUGAUGCAGUGGACAGCAGGGUUUCCAAGCUUGAAAGCCAGGUCCAGGAGUUGCAGGGCCAGGCUCAAUCCUUGAUCACCAGCACACAGAUGCAUGCCCAAGAUGCCGCGGCCCAGUUUCAGGACAUCCGUACUCAGGUGCAACAGCAGGGCCAACAGUUUGAAACAGCCAUUCAGGCUCAGGCAGCAUCCAUCCAAACCUUUCAGGAUGUGUUCCAAGAGCAGUUUCGGCAGCAGGUCUCGCACCAGCAAACUAUGUUGGACAAUAUGUUCAACAAGCAGAUGACCCAGUUCGAGACGUUGCUGGCCAAGCGACCCAGGAGUUGGUGGCUCUAUGUGGUUGCGUACGUUUUGGGCAACACUUUGGGAUGUCUCACGUGGUUGCCACUUUUGCUCUUCCUUGGCGGUUUUCGAGUUGGGGAAGCGUCGCAUCCGGGUCCUGAAUCAGCUGAUUCUGUCUGGUCUUUGGGCGUUGCCAACCCUUCAGGCUUAAAUGGUAAGCUCGACCAGAUCAAUCAUAUGCAUGGCCAAGCAUGGAUUUUGAGUGAAACGCAACUUUCACGCCAGGGCCUUUCUGGGUUUGUUAAGGGCUUGAAGAUGUUGCGAAGUCCAUGGAAGUAUGUUGUGGCUGGUGCUCCGUGCCAGCCGCGUCAUGGCACUGACACCGGAUCGCACUCGGGAGUGAUGUUUCUCUCAAAAUAUCCGGCUAGGGCUCUUCCUCACACCUUUGAUGCUGAUGCCUACGUGUCUGGGCGCUUGCAGGUUGUUGGUAUGGCAGUUCAUGAUGUCUGGGUGACCGCAGGCCUUCUCUAUGGUAUGCCCAUGAAUGCCAAUCACAAACAGGCCAGGUACCAAACAGAUGCGCUGCUGGCUGAGUUGGUUGACAGGGCUACGGGACGGGGGGCCAAAAGGAUUGAUCAGCUUUGGAUUUCUCCCGAACUUCAGUUGGUCUACCGAGGUGUGUCUGUGGACUUUACCUGUUGGGCUGACCAUGCGGCCAUUUCCGCUCAAUUCUCUAUCUCGGGUUUGUCACCGCAGGUGUUGCAUUGGCCCAUGCCGGCACCUUUUCCGUGGCCUUCGGAUUGGACUUGCUGUGUGGCUUUUGACCCCGAAAGUGAUCUGACUCUGGAAUAUGCGAAGUUGUGGGCUCAGGUUGAAACGCAAGCCAAACUGUGGAAUCAACACCAUGGGUGCUUUGUUGCCAAGAGCCAAUGUGGCCGAGCCAGCGUGUUGGACACCAAAGUCAAGCAUGGUCAUCACUGUCCUUUGAAAAAGGCUCGGGUCGGGGACAUUCAGCCUCAGUACUUGGGAGUCAGUCUCCAGCAUGCUCGAUACUUCAAGCAACUUCGUCGUCUUCAGUCGCUGUGUCGGGUGCUGGCCAAGGGGGUCUCCACUGAAUCUGGGCAGGUCAACCGUGAUGAAACUUGGCGUGCCAUUCGUUGUGCUGCUGGCUUUCCUGGCGGUUUUGGACUUUGGUGUGUUGACCAUGGUUUGUUGCCGGGGGCGGGUUCUUAUCUUCCCCUCACAUGCCCUCACCUUGAUGUUGUUCAGGCACUCUUUGAUGGAUUCCAAACUUUUGUUAGAUGUUAUGAACAGGAGUUGGCUCGACAAAGGUAUCAACAUGCCAGGACCCGACGGGCCAACAAUCUUGCGUACGUCUUUCAAGACUGUAAGGAUGAUCCCCUCCCUAAGGCUGAUGUGCUCUUGGAUCGGGUCGAGAUCUCUGUGGAGGAGGUGCGGGAGGAGGAUUCCUCUGUUGUUCUCACGGGCCCUACCACUCUGCUUGAUGGAGUUCCGGUGGUGAUUCAAGGAUCCGUUGUUGAUGUUGUUGCUCAUUCGGAAGACCAGCUCUGGGUUGAAUCAGUUGAAGGCCUUCGGGCUGGUGAUGUUCUCACACAGGAACGUCCGGUCACCUCAGAUGUUGCGAUCCUGCAACGCUUUGCUGAAGCAUGGGAGCCCCGGUGGAAUAAGGCUUCCCAUGUGUUGCCUGGUCAAUGGGAUCAAAUCUGUGGAUUUUUGGAACGCGUGCUCCGUCCUAUGGCUUGGCCUUGUGCUGGUUGGACUACUGAGGGGUUUGCUCAGGCAGUCAAGUCCAAAAAGACCCGUGCGGCUAAAGGACCUGAUGGUGUCUCUCAGCCAGACCUUGUUGCUCUUCCUCUGGGUGCGUGCUCAGCUCUGGUCAGCUUGUACAAUGCGGUUGAGGCUGGCUCGCCUUGGCCAGCUCAGUUGGCUAACGGGUUUGUCUCUAGCCUUGCCAAGCGACCCGAUGCUCAACAGGUUGAUGAGUUUCGUCCAGUGGUGGUUUACAGCUUGCUUUAUCGGGUUUGGUCUUCGGAAAGAGCUCGUGAAUCCCUGAAAGCCUUAGCCCCUGUUUUGCCGCACAGUGUUCAAGGAGGUGUUCCAUGUCGCCAAGCGAAAACUAUCUGGUAUGAGUUGGCCACUGCCCUUGAACAAGCCUACCUUCAGGGCACCGGGCUUCAUGGUCUUCUGAUGGAUAUUCAAAAAGCGUUCAAUAACCUACCCAGGCUUCCCCUCUGGCGUGCUUUGUCCUUGUUGGAUUUUCCCAAGGGUCCUCUGACUGCGUGGCAGAACUUUGUUGCGCGCCAGACACGGCGCUUUAAGAUUAGGCGUUCAGUUGGUGCACCUCUGGUUUCCAAUUGCGGCUUGCCUGAGGGUUGCGCGUUCUCUGUGUUUGGCAUGGUGGUGGUUGAUUGGAUUCUGGAUUUGUGGCUCUCCGCUCUCGAUGUUGGAAUUUCCUUGCGAACCUUUGUCGAUGAUUGGGGUUUGCUGUUCCAGGAUGCAUCCAUCUUUGACCGGGUGUUGCGUGCUGGUGCCCUCCGGGGGCUCAAAGCUGAUAGAAAAGGGGCCAAUCCGUUCUUGCACUUGGCCACCUCCUCUUUGGAAUCUGACCCGGAAGCUUGGGCUACGCUUCAAACCCUUCGUGAUGCCCGUGACCAAAGCUGUCCUGCUCGUACUGAGGCUUUGUUGGGGUUGUUUUCUCAGAUUGCUGAUGUCCCUGCCAAUGGUCCCACUGCUGUGCUUUUGUCCAGGAUUCGAAGGUUGGGAUGGGCGGUUGGUGGACAGGGCUUGCUCCAAGAUCGUUUUGGGACCUUCAGUCUCUUCUCAGUUAGUUGGGAUGAACUCCAACUUCGGCUGCGGUUGGCUUGGGGUGCAGUUUUGGCCAGUGAAGUUGCACACCGGCCCACUUUUGGUGGUCUUGAAAAUGCUGACCUUCCGGAGCUCCACCGGAUGCUGCGCCAGUUUGGCCCUGCUGACCAGGUUUACCUUCGGUGUCAUCUGGAUGGAACCUUGUUUACACAGAAUGCGCGGGCCAAGUUUGAGCCGGGCACUUCGGCCAAGUGCCCUUGGUGUGACCAAACAGAUGGAUUUCACUACCGGGCUUGGAUUUGUGCCCAUUUUGCCCCAUGUCGUGCGCACUUUACCCCUGCUCAGCUUGCGGUUGUUGCGUCUUUACCUCCGUGCUUGCGUGACCAUGGUUGGCCUGUGGUGUUACCUGAAUGGGAGGUCUACAUCCGUCAGUUGUUGCGGGAUGAUGGACUUUGUCGGAUGUCACCAACAGUUCCCCCUGCCCCUUCUGGCGAUGUUCUUGAGCUUUUCCUGGAUGGUACAGGUGCUUGUCCUGAAGAACCAAAAUUGAGGUUCGCAGCUUGGGCAGUCACACUUGCAACUGGUGGCGUUGGUACAUUGGAUAACAUGAUUUUGAUGGGCGGACAUGUUACAGGUAUGUGCCAGACACCAUUCAGAGCUGAACUGAUGGCGGCGUACUAUGCAAUCAGGUGGGCUGUCCAGCGGCAGCAGCAGGUCCGACUCUGGAUCGACUGCCAGGGCGUGGUGAAGGGUCUCAGGAGGGUCUUGCAACGCUUGCCACUCAAGCGAAAUCGACCACACUCUGACCUAUGGGCUGGCAUUGUGGCGCUGCUGGGGGAUACAGGGCAUCAGUUGAUCCAGGUGAGAAAAGUUGUUUCGCACGGGCAGGUUUCUCUGGCCACGGGGCCAUUGGAAGAAUGGGCUUAUUGGCACAACAAUUUGACCGACCAAGCAGCAGAUGGGAUCAACAGUCGCAGAUCACCAGAGUUUUGGCAAGCGUGGGUUGGAUUGGCUCAAGCCUUGGAGUUUCAUCGUGGCCUUCAUGAGGCCAUCUUGAAGAUGCUCUUGCAGACAUCCCGACUUGCGGCAGCUGAUAAGGGUGCAAAGGUGGACAGGCCACCUCAAGUUGUGGUACAGCAGGUGGCACAGCAUGUUCCAGCGCAGUGGGACAUUCCAGGCAAACUGCUUCCGCGGUAUGGGCAUGACAACUUGAGGUAUCUACAUCAGUGGUGGCAAGUACAGGGUUCUGCCAUGUUACAGGGUGACACUCCACUGGUGAUGAUUUCAGGCCUUCAGCUCUACUGUGCGUUUAACCUCUUUACUGGUUUUGAGGGUCCGUGGUGCCAUAAAAAGAAGUGGUAUGCGGCAGCCGACCAGGCUCCACCACAGGCAAGGCUGGAGUGGGGAAGCAGAUGCAAACUUUUCCUUAUGAUGUGGAAAACGUAUCUGAAAGCGCAGGGGGUCAAUGUCCCACAGAAGAUGACCAGGCCUUUUUCUGCUGCCAUUUCGCGCUGGCUUGUUUGCUAUCGACUCAGAUGGACGAAGGAUCAGAUCGACCGUGUUGAUAGCAUUCUGUUUGGCCAGCUGCAACGUCAGCUGAUCACCGGGGGUGAUGUGGCCUGCCUUCGAGCCCCAAAGUGCGCCUUGGCGAAGUCUUCAGAACAGAAGCAGGAGGAUGUUGAGGAGCUGCUGAAAGUGCUCUUAGGUUUCAUCCAGCGCUUCAGCGGCAGGGCGCAUUGCUUCUUUGAUCUGAAGCCGCACCUAUGUUACCUUUCAGCCGCGGAUGCCUUGCCCUUGCUCACUGGAGCCGGACAGGGACGAGAGGCUGUGGUGCUCACUGCGCGGCUGCGGCGUGCAUUUCGCCGCCACGACGGGGCGGCUGGAGCCGAAUGCGCUGCAGAGGUCUUAGAAGCACGUCGCCUGGUCGAGAGCUGGCAGGAUUUGGGAGGCUUUGAGGGUGGACCGGAUGCACUUCUGCAAUUGGCAGUCGUGGCUCUCCUAGAGGCGGAUCGUGCAGCAGAUCCGGCCAAGGCCCCGGGUCGACAGCACCUGUUGGACGCGAUCGGGCUGGCGCAGAUGGCAUUGGCUCAACAACCUCACGUCUUCGGGUUCAAGGUCCUUCUGAUGUUGCUCUACAACGCCCUAGACCUGCCCGUCCUGAUGAUGAAGUUGUAUAGCACCAUGGACAUCAAGAAUAUCCAGGCGUCCCCCACAUUGUGCACGGGGGAAAUUGACGUGGGCUGGGUAGAUGAGCAUCUGCAGACGGCCCUUUUUGAAGCCCUCUGCACACCUGAGCCGCAGCCAGAGCCCACACCCGCCACACCCAUCUCGAGCCCAGCGCAGCCAGCGGCUGCUGCGACGCAGCCGGAAGAAAGCAACUUCGAGGACCUCUUUGAAAUCCUCCGGCAAGGCUUUGACGGGGACAGCAGUCGAGAAGCGACCGCGCCAGCGGCCCCCUCAACGGCAUCGAGGCCGUCCACGACGUUCUUUCCGCCCAGCGAUCAGGACCGAGAGCCCUCCGUAAAAACUGCGGCUGGGGCUUGCGGCUCUGGCUCGUCCAAGCGGAAAGCCGCGGAGCCAGGCUCCGCAGGCUCCGCGCCCGCGCGCCCGCGGCCCAGGUUGAAUGGUGGUCACAAGGCCUUGGUUCUGGCGCCAGCGAAUGAUGGCCCACCGCCACCCGAGAAGGUGUAUCAGAUGCCGAGCGCACCAUUCAUGGCUCCCACCUGGGUCCCCAUGGCUCCUGCUCCGGUGGCUCGAGUCUCGCAGCCGGCUGCGCCCGUGACGCCAGCGGUGCCGCUGCAGUUGCCGGCUGCGCCCGUGCCAGCGGUGCAAGCACCGGCAACACAGGUACAAGAGCAGCCGGCCCAUCACCAUCUCGACAUUGAGGAAAUGGUGAAACUUGAUCCUCUUUUCGCACAGGUCCUGCAAAGCCAGAGAAGACAGCAGUUGGGCUUGGACAAGCCACAGCUUCAGGAGUUCUUGUCCAAGACAAACUUGAUCAGUUUGGGCUCCUACUGCGCCGUUGCGAACACCUUUGAAUCCUUAGGGCUCAGAGAUGCUGCGGGACCCUUUGAUUGGAUGCGUAGCGACUGCCAGGGCAUCACACAUUUGGUGGAGAACGGCUUUGAGGACUUUCUGGAGUGGGACGGAACCAGCCACAAGAUUGGAAGCCUUGAUGUUUUUCCCAUGAAGUGGGGUGGCUCGUUUUGGCACCAUGACAUUCGAGACGCCAAGGUGCAGGAGACCUUCAAGAGACGAGCAGAUCGCUUUUUGAAGGCCAAGAACGAGAACCUGCUCUUCAUUCGAGUGGUGAAUGGCACACAGGAGUUGAGCCAGAUUAAAGCCCUACACGGCGCCCUGGUGCAACGUUUUGCCGAGAGCCACGUGCGGCUGCUGGUCUUGGUGGAUCUGCAAGACAGUGAACAAGACCUGAUGACGCAGGAACUGGGCCGAGAUGUGAUCUUCAGCUGCGUGCAUCACCAAUCCUGGGAGGGACCUUUGGAGGGAAGUCCAGAAGAACAGGCACGGCGAAGGCUUCAUAUCGCCAGCGAGGCCUAUGCACAGGCUUUGAUGCGGGCAUUGCACAUUUGGUGCAACUGUGGCACCUUUUCAGCCACCUGGCCCAGCGUCGCAGCCUUUACUCAGCACCUGGUGCCCUGGCUGGGCACCGAUCCACGGCGCGACAGCUUCCAGCCCUCGCGGCUCUCGCCACGCAGGGUCGUCACGGCCUUCAACGUGACGCUCAACGCGGCCACGUUGUACGCCGCCGGCGCGGCCGCAAACGUGGUCCAGAUGCCGCAGUAUAACCAGGUCGCCGAUGCAUAUCGCUUGCUUGACCUAUCUCUCAGUGCCAGCCGAAAGGAGGUGCAGAAGAAGUUCCGCAGCCUGGCUCGACAGUGGCAUCCGGACAAGGCGAGUGCAGAGCAGCUGGUCCGGUCCACGCGCAUGUUCCGGCGGCUCCAAGACGCCAAGGGCUUGAUUUUGUCCUGGCUGGAUCAGCGUUCCGUGCCACAAAUGGAGGAGUCGUCGGAGUCCUUCUGCUUCGAUACGGAGGACGAAUUUGAUGAGGACGCCUGGAGGCCACCCGAAGUGGUGUUGGGUGAGGCGGGAGAUGUCAUGGCCGAGUUCGAGCACGACGGAUCCGACAGCGAAUUGGAUCCCUUGGAACGUGAUGAAUUGAAGGCUGCAGGGGUUCAUCAAGCGAGAGGAGAUUCACCCGUGACGCAAUCCAGUGGUGAAGAAAGUGGUGGUGAAAAGGCUGACACGGCUUUGGCUCUGCGGAGUCGCGGGAUGAUCCGCACGCAGGAUGCUCCUUUAGUUCAGGCCACAGCGCUCAGCCACUUCAUGUCCCGAAAAUCGGAGGCCUCCAAGCUGUGUAGCGAGUGUUACAAGAACAAGGUCAGCAAAGGAUCUGACCUCUGCAUUUCCUGUGACCAGGAACACCGGGAAUUGCAGAAAUGUGGGCAUGAGAGCCUCUCCUACUUGGUGCUGGAUUCAUUGAGAGAUCCGGAAAAGCUGCAGCAGGUCUCCCGUAGCAUCCAAGCCUUUCACGAGGACUUGGACAAAGAUGGACAGGAUGCUUUGAAUGCGGCCUUUCAGAUGCAAGGACGACAUGAUGACUUUCUGAAAGGAUCUGAAGGAUGUGAAGGAUCUGAAGAAUCUGAAUUUCGCAAAAAACAAGCACCAUUUUAA